UCCUGGGGUACUUUGGGAAACAAAGCGUCGCCAUAGCAACUGCUGCUGCUGCUCCCUAGAUAAGGGCAGUGCAGGAGCACUCCAUGCGAGCAAAGAAGACAAUUCCUGCUCCAGUGAACACUGACUCCAUAUCACACCUAGCCCAGCUUCCCUGCUUGGUUCUAAAGAAAAGCCUCUUCAGUGAUGUCAACUGAAUAUGUGCAAGCAUCACAUGAUAUCUCAGAAGACAGAUUGGAUACUCACUGUAACCACUUAGAUAACCUUUCCGAACAGUUGCUCAAAAGCUGUGAACUCAAAAAGAUACCGAGGAAGGGCAAAGCUCUUCAGGUCUCUCAGAAAAGUGAGCUUGAACAGAAAAAACCGAAGAGAAAAGAUACGCCAGCAAUUCACACACCUCCACCGAUAGUUGGCAUUCUUUCAGACCACUUAAUUAGGAGGUGUGACUUCUCUGAGAAACCUCCGAAGGGUAAUGGCAGCCCAGCCCUUCAGAAAACGGAAGAGGAACAGAGAAAACCCAGAAGGAAAAACACGCCAGCGAUCAAUACACCCCCUCUACUUGCAGGUAUUAAACUACUUAAAGAAGAUCAGCAGUCUGUGAUUGUUGAAGAUGAAGAAAAGGAGGGAGAAACUUCAGCUUUUUAGAUUCUUGCCAUAUUCUCAUGUGUGUGUGUUUUGUAAAUAAUUUUGUGCAAUUGAGUAGUAUUAGUAUUUUUCCAGGUUUGGUUUUUUUAAAAUCAGAAAUAUAACCAUGCUGCCUUCAGACAUGCUUGCUCAGACAUGUGUAAUUAAAUAUAGAUUAUGUGGACCAUUUUCUUCCUAGAUUAUGAAGCACUAAAAAUAUGAAAUUUGUAUACAGUGCUUUAAGAGGCUGGUGCAACUAAUCGAAGAAAAGACAACAUUUACAGGCCAGGGCAGUGACACUCGUCUCAUGAGCUUUUCCUCUGGGCACUGCUAGAUCAACCCACGAAAAAUAUCAGUAUCAAUUUUUUUCUGCUGAGUCCUUUGCAUAAACACAGUCCUUUCACAUGGCUUUUGUUUCUUCUUCCAGAGUUGUUUUAUGAUGGGGUAAACACAGGAUUUUUUUACUUCACAUGUUAACAAAUUUAAUUAAUUGCCAGCAAACAGUAACCAUCAAGUAUUUUUCACUAACCCUCUCUCCCUCCCUCCUACCUCUUCAUCUCCCAUCUCCCCACCCC